AUGUCGUACCCAUGUUGUGUGUGUCCGUGCUUCAUAGGUGGUAGGUUUUCUGGACAUCUAACUCUUCUGCUUCAUUGUUCAGAUUAUGUGCUGGAAGGGAGUGAAGCAGGUCGGCUACUUCGCUCCAUAAGAGUGGGUUUUACUAUGGAAAAAUCAAGUUCCCUCCGGAGUAUCCCUACAAGGUCUUUCUAUGGCAGCCCGACUUUCCGAAAAUUGUUUCAAGAGUACGUGGAUAAGUACAAGCAGCAGCAGCAGCAGCAACAGCAAGUUAAUUCAGAACGUUUAUCACCAGAAUCACUUCAAAGAGAAAACUCGAAACCUGAUGCAGACAAUUCAGGGGAAGACGUUAAAAAGGUGGACAUUUCAACACCUUGUCAAGAUCCCCUCAUAUCCUAA